AGUCCUCAAAGGGGCAGCUGUUUCAUUUACCGUCUCACCCAUUGCUCAGCCUACUAAACGGUUUCACAUCACUAGUGCCUUCACUGCUCAGCAGCUAAGUUUGGCAGAACACUCACAUCCAGUGAAAAGUCUGAAGGAGAGAUAUCGGCACCUUAAAGGACUUCCACUCCAAGAAUUCAAAGCCGUCUGCCCUGUAUUGCUCAUUGGGUCAGACUAUCCCCACCUGAUCACCCCAGUGGAACCAGUCAGGCUAGGGCCACAUGGGGGACCAGCUGCUAUAAAAACUCGUCUUGGUUGGACCUUGCAGGGUUCAGUCCAACACAUGCCGAAAGACGUGACAGAACAGCAUUGUCUUUUCACUUCAGUCACAUCCUCAGAAUCUGAUCUCUACAAGCAAGUAGAGAAAUUAUGGCAAAUGGAUGUACUGCCAUGGCGCAGCGACAAGGCUUGCAUCAGAUCCAGACAGGACCAGGAGGCUGUGGAACUUCUGGAAAAGAGAACAAUAAGGGUUGAGAUGGAUGGAGUGAAACGAUAUGCAACACCCCUCUUGCGUGUCAAGAAUAUGCCUGAACUCAAGGCACCAAAGGAGGCUGUUUUGUCACAACUGAGAUCCACUGAACGGAGACUGGCUAAAAAUCCACAGCAAGCAGCCGCCUAUAUCACAGAGAUUGCAAAACUGGAAAAAUCAGGUUAUGUUAAGAGAGUGCCACCAAACGCUGUGACAAACACCCCCUGCUCCUGGUACAUCCCACACCAUAUGGUGGAACACAAUGGCAAAAAUCGCAUUGUUUUCAACUGUUCAUUCCAGUAUCACGGUCAAAACCUCAACGAACUUCUGCUUCCGGGGCCUGUGUUGGGGCCAUCUCUUCUUGCUGUUCUCCUCAGAUUUAGAGAACAUUCUGUUGCGGUCAGCAGUGAUAUCAAGGGAAUGUUUCACCAAGUUAGACUGCUUCCAGAGGACAAACCCCUUUUGCGCUUUCUCUGGAGAGAGCUAAAUGUCCAGGAGCAACCCACUGUGUACGAAUGGCAGGUUCUCCCCUUCGGCACUACUUGCAGCCCCUGCUGCGCCAUAUUUGCACUGCAAAAACACAUUCUUGAUCAUAGUCAGCCCGGGGAUGAUGUUCAGAAUUCAGUACUGAAAUCCUUUUAUGUAGACAAUUGCCUACAAAGUUUCACUUCAGCUGAAGCAGCAAAGGAAUUCGUGGACAGAAUUAAGAAUCAACUGGCAGAUGGAGGUUUCGAGCUAAGACAGUGGUCCAGCAAUAUUCCUUCCACCAUAAACCACCUGCCCCCUGAAUCUAUAUCAAGCAGUGCUGAACUCUGGAUAUCGCAAGGCAAAUCGGACAUUCAGGAAUCAACAUUAGGGCUCCUCUGGAAUCAUCAGUCUGACAAACUCUCCUACAAAUAUCGUGCCAAAGAUAUGCCAACAAAGACACAGAAACGAGCCUAA